AUGGAACUCAAUUUACUGACUCAGCCUUUAGGAACUUGGUGGCUAGCCUUAAGAUCAAGCACCAAAUUAACAUCGGUAGAACACCCUCAAACCAAUGGACAAGAUGAAGCAGUAAAUAAAGCAAUAUUGGCCGGAUUGAAACGCCGACUACAAGAUGCAAAGGGAGCAUGGGUAGACGAGCUUCCUCAAGUUUUGUGGGCAUAUCGGACAACUCUCCGUUCAACAACAGGGGAGUCACCUUUCCGACUUGCUUAUGUCAUAAAAGCCAUGAUUCGUAUAGAGAUCGCUGAAGAAUCUCCAAGAGUUAGAUUCUAUGAUGAAGUGAACAAUGUCCAAGCACAAAAGGAAGAACUCGACCUCCUUCCAAAAGUCCGAGAACAAGCUUGGAUCAAAGAAGAAGUAUUGAAGCAAUGUAUGGCCUUAAGGUACAACCAAAAAGUAAUCAAGAGAAGCUUUACCACAAAUGACCUUAUACUAAUCCGAAGUGACAUCAGAGUUCAGAAGUCGGGCGAGAGAAAGCUGGCAGCAAACUAG